CUGAACAGCAGACAAUAAUGGUUUGAUCUCUGUGGCUUUCUGCAAACAUGUUUGUUUACAUUAAACAUGGAGAAAAUGACCACUUCAUUGUCAACACCUAUUGUCCAGUUACUUUCUUAAUGCAGCAUAUAAGAGCCAAGCUGGGACUGGCUGAGUCAGAGCUCAUAGAUCUGUGUGAUAAACAAGGAGCAAUGACAUGUCUCUUCCUGCCCCAGAAUACACAGAAGUGGGCUCAUGAAUUGCUAAAGCCCAGAGAGUCUUUUAUUGUUUGCAGUGUCAACCGUACCUCUGAUGGUGCAUAUUCCUCUGUCACAUCACUACUGUCCGGUGUUGAUUCUGCUCUAUUAGAGUCCCUGCAGGGUCAAAUUGACAAUCUUGAGCGAACUCGCCUAAAGCAGUUUUGUGUUUUGGAGGCUCCUAGUGCUGAAUUAAAGGAAAGCACCGUUCAAGCACCACCCAAAACUACUAAAAAACUAAAAGGAAGGCCACGCAAGUAAAUGAAGAAGUCCAGCGCCACACUUGGGACAGGAGGAGCAGCGACUGACCCAGUCUGAGCUUCUGUUAUUCAUGCUCAGUAAUGCUGAGUUCAAUUAUAAAAUGUUCACCUGAAAGUCUGCAUUACUUUGUUUCAUUGUGUUAUCUAAAAUAUAAAACAUAUAUUGUCUUUUUUUUAAUGGAUGGUUAUGUGUCUGGAAGGUAAUACUGUGCAGAACCCUUGCCAAAUAUUAACCUUUGUUUAUAUCAGAGAUUAAA